UAAUCUUUUGUAGCAUCUCUGCCUUUUCUUUAUCAAAUAUUGCAGCUUCAUGUUAAAAUUGAUGACCUUUCUACUGAUUUUUUCCUUUGACAAGAGCUUUAAAAUAGGCAUUCUUCUUUCAGACAGUGGAGAUAUAUGAUCCUCAACUGAAGGAUAUUCGUAGUAUCCUCGAAUCCUUAGUUUGUGAGAAUGGGACUGUGUUUGGUGAUCCAGACUGCUGAUCUGAUGGGCCCCACAGUUUGUAUACUGCGCCCCAAAAAUCUCCCAAAUGGGCCAAACCCGAGGUUGAUGACCUAAAAGUAGAUGGUUGAGAAAACAGGCCAAAGAAUGUUCAAUCUUUAAAAGGGCCAAAUUUGGUCGGCUAGAAUCUUCAGAUAUUGGAGAUUUUUCACCAAGAUCAAUUAACAGUGGGGUACAUCAGAUGAAUGGUUUGGAUUGCUGUGCCAUGGACUGCACUUAGACAAACUAACACCACAGCGUAUUUUGCAAAUCCUUGUGCAGAAAAAUUUUCAAUUCCUCUGAGAAUGAUAGAAACUAAGAGGAACCAAAUGGAGAAUCCUUCCUGCACAGUGAGUAGGCAUCAGUUUCAGAGCCAGAAAGCCGUGGAGAUUACCAAUGACAGAAUCAGCGAACUACCCGAUGCUGUCCUUCAUUACAUCCUUUCCUUGAUGCCGAUGAAAUUCAUCGUAAGAACAAGCAUUUUGUCAAGGAGAUGGAGAAACUUGUGGAAACACAUCUGGGCUUAUGCCACUGCUCUGGACUUUGGUUUGGAGUUCGCAACCGGCCAAACCUCAGAAGAAUUUGUGGGUACUGUAAACAGAUGUCUACAACUCCACAAAGGCAAGGAGAUCAAAAUGUUUCGGCUCUUGUUCAAUCUAGGAGAUCACUAUCUGUCAGAUGCUGAGAAAUGGGUUGAAUUCGCAGUAGCAAGGGGAGUUAAGGAGCUUGAUAUCGACUUUUGUGAAACUGUAUAUGACGAGAGAUUGGAUCGUUAUGAUGACAGGUGGCCUUCUAAAUUGCCUCCCUCCCUCUUUAUUUGUGAUUCUAUAACCCAUUUAAAUUUGAGUCGCUGCGAUUUCGACCCGCCAUUGAAUUUCAAUGGUUACACCUACCUCAAAACGCUCCACCUAAGACUCGUUAGAGUUCCAGGUGACGUGCUUAAAAGCAUGCUUUCAAACUGCCUGCUUCUGGAGGAAUUGAGUUUAAUGGAUUGUUUUAAUCUGACUCAUGUCACGGUUUCUGCUCCAGAUCUGCCACUUAAGAAAUUGACAGUGGUCGACUGUGAUAUCUGUGAGAUUGAGAUUUUUGCUCCAAACCUCCAGUCAUUCCAUUUCUAUGGUGAUUUUAUUCAUAUGUAUUUCAAGAACAUUUCGAGUUUGGUGGAUGUCCUUGUUAAUGGUAUAUGUAAGGAGAGUUACCAACUUGAAGAUGAUUGGAUGACUGUUCUGCACCAUCUUGAACAUGUUAAGAUUCUGACUUUGUGUGAUGUCUCACUUCAGUAUGUAGGUUUAGCAGAGGAAUAUAGAACCGAAGAUUUGCCUGUUACAUUCCACAAUUUGCAAGAAUUGCAGCUAUUGCUGGAUUGGUAUGGUGUUAGCUAUCUGGCCUACACCUUUAGCUUCUUCAAAAACUGUCCAUGUCCUUGUCUAGAGAAGCUUUUCAUUGAGCUUCCUGCUGCCGUUGAGGACCCCUCCCAAAGUGACUACCAGUGCGAGGGACUGCAGACAGAGGAUACCCUGGAUAUUGUGUUUGAUCAUCUGAAGGUGAUAAAAAUGAAUGGUUUUAGAGGGCUCAAGGAUGAAAUGCAGUUGGUGAAAUUUUUCCUAGAGAAGGCUAUUGUACUCGAGUCCUUGGUUUUGGUAGCUCCUCAGGAAGCUAUCUGUGACAUGAAGGAUUUUGCAUCGGAGUCUAAAUCUGUUGAAGCACCAUUGUAUCUUCUUCGCAAGCAGCUAUUGAUAUUGGCAAAUGCAUCAUCAUCAAAAACUCAGAUAUUGACAUGUGAAUAUUCUGACCUCAAUGGAGCGUUAGCCCCAACUCAUACUGAAGUUUACUGUAAAGGUAGAUUCGUCGCCAAGGAGCUUAUUAGGUGAUGCUACAUGAAUGCUUUGCAUUUGAUUGCACAAUAUUAACUGUCCAUUCAGUA